AAUAAUAAAGGCAAUGAAAUAAAUGCUCGAAUAUUCAAAGAUAUUCAGAAACGUCGAAAACCUUGAAGUUGCUCGAGAAACUCAGUCAGCCUGCAUGCAGCAUGGAAGACAGACAAUUUACGUAGAACUGGAAAACAAUACGCUGCAUCAAAUUCUGUGUGAUAAUGCAUAAAAACGCUAUGCAUCUAUCGACAACGUGUUUCGCAGCAGAAUAAAUUGAAAUGACAACUUCCCCUUCGGAUUUUAUUCGUGACAAAGUGUUCGACGAAUAAUCUCCCUUAACCUAGACCAGCUUUAACAGACGAAUUUUAUUUGAGAUUAAUUUUAUCGCAAAUUUACGUGAUAUCGCGUGACUCAAUUGAAAGUGGCCUUAGAGAAGAAUGAACAAUCGUCGGGAAGCAUCGUCGCACACAAGAGGAAUGCGCUCCAAUUCGCCACGACGUUGUACCUCGAAUGCUUAUCAACAGGACUACGCCAGCGAGCACAAUAUCCAAUAUCCAGAAGAAAGGUCUUCCGUGGAAAGUGUCGUCGAGACUGAGGAACCUGGCAUUAAUAAGAAUAACAUACAUAAUUACCCAGACGAAUCGGUUUACGUCAAAGCCCUGCCAAAGCAUAACCAUGCCGCUGUUCGCGAGAGAUACCAACGAUUCAAUAAUUACUCGGAGUUCAGCAUGCCAGAGGUAACCGCGAUGCAAAAGUUACAAAGGCUAAAGGAGCUACAGAUGAAGCGGGACAUUAGCGAAAGAUACUACUCCCAAGAAAUCAAACGACUGAUCGGGGAAUAUUAUUUCGGGCCGAAAAUUGCCUCGCCAUCCUUGAAACAGACCGGGAAAUUGCAGAGUUCCAGUUUUCAUCCAUCCUCGGCAGAUCGAGUGAAAAAUAAUUUGGAACCAUGCGGCACAAUGACGACAAUUACACGGCUGGAUUGUGGAUGUAUUCAAGAGACAACAAGGCCAAUUUUUACGACGGCAAGGGGUCGCGUUCUUAGAAGGAAUUGCAGGAAUCUAUCUCAGGACGAGAAGCUUUUGAAACUGACUUCGUUGAACCCCCAGGAACACUUAUUUUCAUCGUUAGAGCAACCUAAGGAUAGGUAUCACACAAAAGUGAAGAAACGGCUCUCCAUGGAUCCGCGAACGUAUUCGAAAAUCUGUUCUGCCGGUGAUCAGGAGUUUGAAACGGAGAACGAGAAGAAAAACGAAGAGCCAGAAACGGAAGUUACUGAGCAUGAUUCGAGAACACUGUCCCCUCAACGAAAAUUUAGCGACACCUCUGCGAAUUCUUAUUAAAAUUUAUUUUUUAUUUAUUGUAUUUUGUGCAUUAAUUAAUAAUAACGUAUC